GAGGACCGGCCGGACAUGGCGGCGGGGCGGGACGCGUGCGGGGCGCUGCUCACCUGGCUGCAAACCUUUGACCCCCCCUCACCGUGCGCGGCCCCCCCAGACCUGGCCAGCGGGGUGACCCUCGCCCAUGUCCUGCACAAAAUCGAUUCUUCCUGGUUCGAUGAGACGUGGCUGGGCCAGAUCCGGGAGGACGCCGAGGGCAGCGCUCGGCUCAAGGUGAACAACCUGCGCAAGGUGCUGCAGAGCGUCCUGGAGUACUGGCAGGAUGUGCUGGGCCAGGCCGUGGCGGAGCAGCACGUGCCGGACGUGGCGCUGGCGGCCCAGCACGGCGACCCCGAGCAACUGGGCAAACUGGUGCGGCUGGUGCUGGGCUGCGCCGUGAGCUGCGAGCGGCGGGAAGAGCACAUCCAGCGCAUCAUGACGCUGGAGGAGUCGGUGCAGCACGAGGUGAUGACGGCGAUCCAGGAGCUCUUGGAUCCGGAGCUGUCGGAGCCGAUGGCGGCUGAGACCUACGGGAACUUCGACACUCAGUCCCGCCGCUAUUACUUCCUGAGCCAGGAGCCCCCCGAGGAGGCCGGGGGGGGGUCGGGGCAGCGCUGCCGCGAGUUGGAGCAGCAGGUGGCCACGCUGCUGGAGGAGAAGGGACACCUGGCCGCGGAGAACCGGGCGCUGCGGGAGCAGCUCGACUCCGACGCCGCCGGCGCCGCCGCCAAGAAGCUGCUGCGGCUGCAGACGCAGGUGGAGGAGCUGCAGGAGGAGAACUACAGGCUGGAGAGCGGCAAGGAGGAGCUGCGGGCGCGCUGCUCGCGGCUGGAGCAGGAGGCGCGGGGGCUGCAGCUGCGGGCGCAGGAGCUCAGCGGGCUGGCCGGGGAGGCGCGGGCGCUGCGCGACGAGAUGGACCUGCUCAGGGCGUCGUCGGCGCGGGCGGGGCGGCUGGAGGCGGCGGUGGCCACGUACCGGGGCCGGGCGGCGGCGGCGGGGGAGCUGCGGCGCUGGGUGCGGGCGCUGGAGGAGCGCCACGCCGCCCAGACGCGCCGCGCCGCGCACCUGCAGCAGCAGCUGGGCCGCGCCCAGGCCGGCUGUGCGCAGCUGGAGGCCGCCCGCAGGCAGGUGGAGGAGCUGAGCGGGCAACAAGCUGAGGCGGCGCUGAGGGCCGAGAAGUGGCACCUGGAGUUCCGGCACCUGCAGGAGCGGUUCGAGGCGCUGAGCCAGGAGAAGGAGCGGCUGCUGGAGGAGCGGGACGCGCUGCGCGAGGCCAACGAGGAGCUGCGCUGCGCGCAGGUGCAGCAGGGCUACCUGGGCCAGGCAGAUGCGGGGCUGGAGGGGGGCCCAGCCCCUCCCCGGAAUUUGGCGGCUGAGAUCCUUCCCGCGGAGCUCAGGGACACGGUGACACGGCUGCGACGGGAGAACCGACGGCUGCGGCUGCAGCGGGACCAGCUCCGGCACAGACUGGAGGCCACGGAGGCGGCCGAGCCUCGGACAGCGCAGGGGAGGCCUCAGGAGGAGCUGUUGCUGCUGGAGGAGACCCCGGAGGACCUGGAUGAGUUGCCAGAGGGAGAGGAGGAGGAGGAGGAGGAGGAGGAAGAGCUGGAGUCCUCCAGGGCUGGAUCAGGAUUUAGAGGUUCCACGCGGUCACCCCCCCAAAAGCCCUCGGUCCCCACUGGGGACCCACCCGGGACUCCCCCUUUGGCCCCCGUCCUGCAGCUGCUCCGCAACCAACUGCAGGAGAAGGAUGCGCUGAUCCGGCACCUGGAGAGCGACUGGGAGCGCAGCCAGGCACAGCGGGAGCGCGAGGAGCGGCUGCUGGUCACCGCCUGGUACAACAUGGGCCUGGCACUGCAGCAGCAGGAGGGAGGGAUGGCGCCGCGGGGCCUCCCCAGCGGGGCUCAGUCCUUCCUGGCCCAGCAGCGCUUGGCCACGAUCGCCCGGCUAGCGCGGAUCCCUCACGGCCGGGUUCCCUCCAGCUGAGGGGGCGUCCCCCCCACCCCACCCCCAAAUCCCUCAGACUCAAGGGGGGCCUCCGGACACCCCCGGAGUUUUGGGGGAGCCCCCAAACACCCCCCUGACCGAGGGGGGUCCCCCUCACUCUGGGCUGGUCCCAUUUCAGACACUACGAGCCUGAGCUCCCCACCUUGUUUUGGGGGGCCCUGGACCUUGCCCCCCUCCCUUUGGGGGGGGGGCUUUUAGCACUUCUAUUUUUGUAGCCUAUUUCAGGGGGGGUCUUGUGUUUGUUACCCCCAUAAAAUUGUCCAAUAAAGCCUCAGGACUCAGCAA